AUGUUUUUGUCUCUUUAUUAGAGUGUGUGGUUCGUCUGAUGCUGUCAGGCUGCCAUGGCUCUGGUCCAGGCACUACCUGUGAGUGACCAUCCCAACCCAGGUCUCGACCUCCAACAGUGCCGACCACUGCCAUCCCACUCCGUGCCGGAUCCCUGCUCUGGCCCCUGCGGGUCCUGCGGUUCCGACACGGCCAUGGGUUCAGUCAGCAGUCUCAUAUCGGGGCGAACGUACCAGGAGAGGCACUGCAGGGCCGCCAGCGAACUCAUCACCAAGCAGCGGCGCUCCACGCCGGCGACCAGCUGCUUCCGCCUGCAGGACAACACGCUCCGCAGCGGGAGCUCCCUGGAGCAGCUGCUGGUGAUCAGCAACCAGACACAGCCUCAGGCCCAGGUUCUGCCCCCACCCCUGCCCACCAAGAAGCAGCCCCGGCCCGGAAACUCUGCCGGGACAGGUGACGGGGGAGCCGUCGCUGCAGCAGCAGGCGGCGGCAGCGGGAACUUUGGGUACAUGAGCGACGAGGUGGUGCUCGGAGAUUGGAACGAUAACCUGGUGCUUACAGCUGCGAGUCCCUGCAGCGACUCUGAGGACCAAAAGGACAACAGGACUGCGAACGGCAACAUUGGAGGACCGCCUCCCAAACUUGUCCCAGUUUCUGGACAGUUAGAGAAGAACAUGGAGAAAGUACUGAUCCGUCCCACAGCUUUCAAACCAGUCGUUCCCAAGAACCGUCACUCGGUGCAGUACCUGUCUCCGCGGACAGGGGGCAGCAAUCUGUCUGAGAGCCAGGCCAGCCUGAACCUCCUGUUGCCCCUCGGAGCACCCAGCAGCAGCACCGGCACGAACGGUAAUGUCGGAGUCAGCAUUUCCAGCUCGGAGGGGAAGCAGAACUCGUACAGCGGAGGACGCAAUGCUCGCAGCAGCCAGUCCUGCUCUAUGUCGGACUCAGGGAGGAACUCCCUCUCCAGCCUCCCUACCCACAGCAGCACGGGCUACAGCUUGGCCCUCAGCGAGGGAUCCAGCUCUGGUUCCGGGGGCCAGGUGGAGCCCGUGCCGGGUCUGGGACGCAACACUUCAGGCGGAAACGGGAGCCACGGCCACAGCAACUCGGACAGCGGGCGUUCCUCUUCCAGCAAGAGCACGGGUUCGGGGUCAGUAAGUGGGCGCGGGCAGCCCCUGUCUGACAGCGGGUCCUGUGGCCACUCGCCCCCACCGGUGGGGGGCUACGAGGACGUGGUGAGGGAGCUGGAGGAGAAGCUGAGAGAACGAGACCAGGAGCUCCAGCAGCUCCGAGAAAAUCUGGAUGAGAACGAAGCUGCCAUUUGUCAGGUGUACGAGGAGAAGCAACGUCGCUGUGAACGAGAGAUGGAGGAGUUGAGACAGAGCUGUGCUUCGAAGAUGAAGCAGACGUCUCAGAAAGCCCAGAGAGCGCAGCAGGUGCUGCAGUUACAGGUAUUUCAGCUGCAACAGGAGAAAAAGAAGCUGCAGGAGGACUUCUCCUCUCUGCUGCAGGACAGAGAAACGCUGGAGAGAAAGUGUGCCACCAUCCAGAGGGAGCACACUCAGCUGGGGCCGUGCCUGGAGGAGACAAAGUGGGAGGUGUGUCAGAAGUCUGGAGAGAUCUCCCUCCUGAAGCAGCAGCUGAAAGAAAUCCAGUCAGAGCUCAGCCAGAAAGCGGGGGACAUUGUGGUCUUGAAGGCCCAGCUGAGAGAAGCUCGCUCCGAGCUGCAAGCCAGUCAGGCUCGAACCCAGGACGCCCAGACCGCCCUCCGGACCAGGUCCCUGGAGCUGGAAGUCUGCAAGAACGAACUCCAGAGGCGAAAGAGCGAAGCUGAGCUUCUCCGGGAGAAAAUCGGCCGUCUGGAGGAAGAGUCGGCGCGGCUCCGGGACACCCUGUCCAAUCACGCCGGGCUCUCUCUAAACGGAAGCGUGACCAAGAAGGGACACUGCAUGAGCCUCACCCUCCAACAGGGUAGAGGCGCGGGGGGGAGGGGAGGUCCGAGCCCCUCGGUGUACCGCGACGGAGACGACAAUUAUCUGGUGUGGGGCGGAGAGAGCGACGAAGCCAAGGCACAGAGGCAGAAUGCAGAAACGCUGCUCGGACUCAGACAACAGGUGGAAAGAAUGAGAGCCGAGCUCAUGUAUGAGAGAAGGAGCAGCGAGGAGCAGCUGUCACGGUUUGAGGAGGAGAGGAGGGUGUGGCACGAUGAAAAGGAAAAGGUAAUCCGUUACCAAAAGCAGCUGCAGCAGAACUACAUCCAGAUGUAUCGUCGCAACCGCGACCUGGAGCGGGUGAUGCGGGAGCUGAGCCUGGAGCUGGAGAGCAGGGACAUGGAGGACUACGAGGUCCGCAGCGGCAGCAACGACAUCCACUUUGAGGAAAUUACUGCCACUGAGAUCUGAGCAAACGGUGACGUUGGGCACGAAAUGUGGCGGACGAACCAAACAGAAAAACUGCACUGUCUUCAACACCACCCGUCACUGUUAAAGGAGACAGUAUCCAAAGGUGCACUCAGUACUUCCUAAUACAGAUAUAUUCCAAUAAAUCCUUACAAGCUGUCUCCUACAGUGUUUUAUGUUGUAUUUUUUUACCUCUACAAAGCCAGCACAAAGACUGUUUUUCUUCUCUGAAGAAAAAAAAAUGUGGAGAGAAGCGUUUAAUUCUCAGACUAUUUUCAAAUCAGGGUAUUUAAAAUCUGUAGGAACUUCAAGCAAAAAAAAAAAAAAAGAUUUUACCACAGGCAGAGCAAUCUGGUCUUCAGGCACUCGCAAGCAUCACACACUGGGCCACCAGCAUGCAUCACCAUGCAUCAAAUCGAACUGUUUAUUGGCAACACAAACAACCAUUUUCACCCAUCCCCCAACUCCAAAAAACAUCAGCAUCGUUUUACUUUACAGUGUUAUUUUUCAAACUAAGAUUUUAUUUUUCUUUUUAUAGUAAAUUGACUGUUAGCUAUCAUUUCAGAGAAAUGCAACAUUAAAUUUCUGUCCUUUUAUUCGGGAUGCAGAUGUUUCUUUACAGACUGGUUCUGAGCUCACGGGCUCUUGAUUUCUGUCCCCAAAUCCAAAACACAAUUCUGAUAAAACAUUCUGCAUUUUAAUUUACAUUUCCCAGACUUCAAACUGUCCCUCUGUUCCGAGAAGCUCGUAUUUCGCAGUAUAAGGCAGUGUAGCACGGCAGAUAUCGCCUCUUUAUGUUCUCAAAUUUUUUUCCUCCACUAUUUUUAUACCAGCAUCUCAGCAGUUGGUAUCAGGAUACUAAAAUAGGUUGUAUUUGACCUACAGAAUUACAGUCUGGAAUGUGACAUUGCGGAUUUGUUCAAAGUUUCUGUUUUCGUUUCUUCUCACCGUCGCUCUCUUUAGUUGCCCUUUAUGCAGCUGCGGGCAACUCAAAGACAAAACGACACUUUCAAAGUCUUCCCGGCCGCACCCCCUGCUGAGCUACAUUCAUAUCUUCACUCACUGCUAAAGGCUAAAGGUAGAGCUGGAGUGGCGUGGGUGUAAGUUUUGUUUUUUAGGAGGAAAAGCAGGCUCAGGUGAGAGGAGAGUUUGCAGAGGCUUCAGCUGUGUUCACAGCUUUAAAUGGGAACAUUUGAAGCUGUGGGCUGCUUCUCUUGUCCUCUGAUGAUAAAUGCAAGGCUCAGCAGGAGAGAGUUUUUAUUUUGCAAAGAGUCUAUAUUAAAAAAAUGGAAACCUAUACAAAGAAGGAGAGGUUGUAUAUUUUUAUAAAUAUAUAUAUAAAUAUAUAUGAUGCAGCACCUGAAGAUAUUUUGUUGUAAUACUGAUGUAAGUGUGGCUUAAUAUAUUUCACAGUAUUUCAGUGGACGGAUCGGUUGCAAGACAUCAGCUUUGAAAGAGUGCACCUAAUACUGUAAUGCAUGACAAGUUAAUGUUUACAUUAUAUACUCUGUGUUACAUGGACAAACUUACUAAAAGCUGAAACUGAAGGGAGGUUUUCUGCUUUUUUUAGGGCCACGGUGCCAAAUUGACUUUUCUCAGAAUUCUGACUUUAAUCGCAGGAUUUUGAUUUUAAAUUCUGAGUUUAAAGUCCGAAAUCUAAAAAAAAAUAUAUAUAUAUCACUGUGACUCUAAUCCUGUUCAAAACAGUUGUCUCUGUUUUGUUUGAUCUUUUAGUUCAUUUUCAGGGUAACCCUAUCCAACCAUGUCAUCACAAUGGGGUUUUGCUUCAGCAUUUAAUUAACAAGAUGCAUGAAACGUAUCAUUUCGAGGGGCUUGUUUAAAUCGAAAUGAGGGCAGAUAUGAGUGUUAUGUUUGCAACACUUUUGAAAUUCAGUCUGAUUCCAUGAAUGCGUUUGUUUGGGCUUCAUGUUGCAUGAUAUUACCACAUUAAUGGUGGUCUAAGAGUAUUAAAAGCCUGCACUGUUAUACAUUCUCAUGGUAAAGCUGAGCUAUUUUUAUUUUUUUAUUUGACCGUAUUCUCUCUAAUCAGACUGUUAGUCACCGCAUCUGUGCUAAACAAGCACAAGCGAUGCUCAUGACAUGAAGUCAUGUUUUUUUCAUUAGAUUUCAGCUCUAGUCAACUGUCUUCCAUGUAAACAUGUAAAACACUAAAUAGUACAACAGAGUGAGUCUUUAUUUAGACAUAAUAUCUAUUUCCAACAUAGCCACUGUGACUAGACCAAAGUAACGUAACAUUUCUUUUUUGUUUUUGUUUUUUUGUAGCAUUUUUUUGUUUGUUUUGUGAGCUUUUUAUAUUCUUUGCAUUUUCAUUCACUCAAAGUAUGUAGUUCCCCAUGUAUAUUUUUAUGUGUACAGUUCUUGUACAAAUGACAGUGUUUUUAAUUAAAAAGCAAGUUGUCACACCUUAA